CGACAAACGUGAGGCGACAUGACAUUUUGUUGGUGACGCGACAACUUUCUGAUAUCGAACCAUAUCUACUAAACAAAAAAUCAAUCUUAGAGUACAAAAAAGAACGAGUGAAAGUGACAUGAAUCAAAAAUUGUUGUAGACAUCGCAUGUUCGCGAACUUGGAAUGACGCAGACAUCGUGAUGCAGACUGUAACGUAAAAUUUUAUGAAUUCAAAGUUGUAUAGUUACAACAUUUGUGUGAAAUUCUAAAAAACAAUAACUCAUUGAUUGAAAAAAUAAUUUUUUAUCAAAGUUAAACAUGUUUUUAUUUUAAUAAAGAUUACUUUUUUUUUCUAAAUAAAAAAAUAUUACUUCAUUACAAAAAUAACGUACAUAUAAAGAAAAACUAUGGAUGAAACUAGAAAUUACAUAAAUUUAGUAUUAACAGUUAAAAAAUAUCCAGCGUUAUAUGAUCUUAGUUGCAAUGAUUACCAUAACAAAGUUGUUCGAAAUAAAAUGUGGAGAGCAGUGGCGCAGGAAGUAAACGCUUCUGCCGCAGAAUGUAAAGAAAAAUGGAAGAAUCUCCGUGCCAGUUUCAGCAGACAUUUAAGAAAUCAAAAUACAGCAAAUUCAAAAUCGAAAAAACCGUAUUACAUGGCAGAUUACAUGGAUUUUUUACUUCCUUAUAGCAAACUUCGUAGGGCGGAUGAAAGUUUGAACGAAGAAGGACCAAUCGCACAAGAAAAUUGGAAUGAAGAGGAGACCACUUCCGAUACGUCCUCUAAUUAUCAAAUUAACAAAUCCGAUCAAAAGAUGCCGGAAUCAGAAAGAGAUGGAGACACGAGAAAUGAAGAAUAUGUGUUUUCGAGAAGUAAAGCGAUCAGACAUGCAGAAGAUAGACUAUUGUCACAUAGAUGCUCAGAUAAUUGUAUUCUCACCAAUAGGCGAGAUCUUGACGAAUCAAUCAACGAUGCAGACUUAUUGUUCUUUAAAAGUUUACUUCCAGAUAUGCAACAGAUGACAAGUCAAGAAAAAAGAAGCUUUAAAAUAUCUGUAUUGGGUUUAAUCGAUAAAAUAUUAAACGAAAAGGAAUCGGCAAUGUCGGUCGAAAAUGAUAUUUCUUGUUCAAUAGUAAAAAAUCAACAAGAUGAAAGAACAGAUGAGUUUUAAGUUAAAUUUUUUAUAAACAAAAUGUUUGUAAUAAUAUAGAUUGAUUAAAGUAUGUUUAACAAAAUAAAAUGUAUUAAAAUUUGAGAAAAAUAUUAUAUAUAUUUAAAAAUAAUUUAUGAAUUAUAAUAAUAAUAGAUUAUCAAAUAAAUAUAUUCCCAUUUCCAUUAUUUAUUUUCGUUAUUUCAUAAAUUUGCAAAAGAUUUUGGAUAAAAAUAAACAAAAAAUUAAUUGAUCAAACAAUUGUCUCAAUAAAGUUGAGAACCACUGAAUAAUGCUGAUUGGUGAGACGAAACAACGCGGCAUCUUCGAGUCAACAGAAGAAAUUAAUGAAAAUUGAAUGUACAUAUUAUGCCAAAAGAUUCGAUUAUUUCCGGAUAAUAUACAAAAACAACCGAAUUCAACAGAAAUAUAUUUGAAUAUAUUAUAUACACAAUAUAUGAAUAAAUGCAUGAUCCAACAAAUAAAUUGCUUUCACAAAUCCUAUUUUGCAAGAAAUUCUAUGAAAAAAUUAGCAACUUAAGAAAACAAAUUAAUGUAAGCUGGAAUUUUC